AUGACAAAACACGCGCCAUAUCUGUUGGGUAGAAUUUGGGAUCCGAUUGUGGCUAUUUGUAUUGGAACCACUAGUUACUACGUCUUUGAGAGGAGACGAUUGAGCAUAGCAAGUAAGACUGGCGGUUCUACGACUGUCUUAUUGUCCCGAUCAAACCAUACUGAGGGAUGA